AUGGAUAUGGCUGAAGGUACAUUUUUACCACCUGCCUGUAUCAUGAAAGGCAAAAACAAAAAUGAGUUUGAGGAUGGGAUGUCACCGGGAUCGAAACUUUUCAUGUCCCCAAAAUCAGCGUACAUUACCUCAGAUUUAUUUAUUGAAUGGUUGAAAACACAUUUUGUUCCGAGGAAACCAGCUGGAAGAGUACUUCUUUUACUAGAUGGUCAUUCAACUCACUGUAAUUCUGUGGAAAUGCUGGAAUAUGCAAAGGACAAUGACAUCACCUUACUUUCAAUGCCAAGCCACACGUCUCACUACCUCCAACCACUAGAUCGUACGGUGUUUAAAUCACUGAAGACUCAUUUUUACGAGCAGUGUCGACUUUGGCUAAAACAAAAUCCUGGUCGUCGUAUAACACGAUUAUCAUUUGGAAGAUUGCUUAAUAAGGCGUGGGGAAAGGCAGCUUCUGCAGAGAAUGCAAUUGCGGGUUUUAAAGCCACUGUGAUGGUCGAGGAGCAAGAAGAAAAUACUAGUAACAUAGCUUCUGCUAAUCUGCAACCAGUUCCAAAUACUUUCGAAGUGCGACAAGACAUAUCACCUGCAAUCGCUGAGCCAAAAAGCUCUGUUGAGCGAAUAGUUUUAAACGCAAGUCCUGAGAUGAUUACAAGAAGGCCUAAAAAAUUAUUUGCUACUGCUUCAGCAGCAGUAAUUAAAAAAAUGUCAGAACAAUUCCCUCCAAGAAGCGAUUUGCCAGAUCUGACUCCAACACGUAUUUUAAAGCAAAUGUCGCCAGUUCCACAAAAAAUUAUUGAAGUACGCAAACGUGCUAAACAGGUAGGCAUGCUUUUAACCUCAGAGAAUCACAUCAAAACAAGAAAAUUUAAGGAAGCGCUUAAAAAAAUAGGGAACAAGAAAAAGACGUUAAAAAGGAAAGAAAAAUUGAGAUAA